CUCAGGGUCCCCUUUCUCCAGGGUGCUAAUGGAAAGCUGGACGCUGUGGCCAGAAUUUGUUAGCAGUGGUUCUGCAGGGAGGGGGUAGGAGAGAGGAUUGGAAAGUAAAAGCUGGGGUUUGUUGCUGGCUGUCCUGCAGAAAGACUGGCCAGGCACUGCAGUAGCUGCUAGCUCAUCUGACUAUACAGUGUCUGCUCUCAGCUAUGGAGAUAAGGCAGGACUAUAACUCAUUACGCAUAAAUCUGAUGCUUAUAGUGCAAGCCCAGGACAAGCAGACUGAAGAAAACCAAGACCAGGAGUCUGCUCACCAAACGCAAGUGACACCUUCUUUGAAAAACCCUCUUGCUGGGCGCCACAUCAUCAGUAGCUAUGAGAACCAAGGAAGUCAAGUUCGAGUAGAAAUUCAUCCCAAAAAUAGCCAGCCACAGCUCUUCAGCAGGCCAUUAGUGCCUAAAGAUGCGACAGUUUCUACCUGGAAUGGCAGCAGAUGGGAGCAGGUGUCACAGCCUAGUGCCAAAGACUUCUAUGCCUACCCCUGGGAUAAAUCCUGCCUCAAGUCAAUGCCUGUCAACUUGAAGAACUUUGAGAAACUGGAUGCCUAUGCUGUGCAGGUGACUAAACCAAAUACAGUGGAAGAGCUAGUACGAACACUGCUAAAGAUGGCUCGAACUGACCUGGAGAAAGUCCGUGCCAUCUGGAUGUGGAUCUGUCACCACAUAGAGUAUGACUUGGAGGCUCUGGAAGAUAAGUCAAAGUGGUGUGGUGAUCCCAAUCAGAUACUGCUCACAGGAAAAGGAGCUUGUGAGGGAUACGCAAGCCUGUUUGAGAACAUGUGCAGACUUGCUGGCAUAAAGUGCCUAAAAAUUGGUGGCUACUCAAAGGGCCACUGCUAUGAUUUGGGCCAGACAUUCUCGGAAGAGACAAACCAUGCCUGGAAUGCAGUUUAUCUGAACAAGAAAUGGCAUCUUCUAGACUCUACAUGGGGAGCUGGACUUGCAGACAGCAGCAGUAGUAAGUUUAACUUUCGGUACAAUGAAUUUUAUUUUCUGACGCAUCCAGCCUUAUUCAUUGAAGAGCAUUUUCCUGAUAACCAGAACUGGCAACUAUUACAAGUUCCCCUUUCACUCAAACAGUUUGAAGGAAAUUUAUGUCACAAGAGCAGCUUCUACAACGCCGGGCUGAAAGCAUCAUAUCCAGAGACUCUCCAGGUAGAAACAGUUAACGGGAAGGCCGCGUUUUCCAUUGAGGGAAAUUUCCCUGUUCUUUUUUCCUUUACCCUAAAUAAAAAGGAGAAGCCUGGUCUCCUAACCCUAACUAAACAUGGAAUGCAGCUCGAGGUGUAUCCACAAGCAACUGGCAGACACCGACUGGAAAUUUAUACCAAACCUUAUGACAGCCCAAAGGAAACAUAUGAAAGUAUUGUUGAAUAUAUAAUCUGCUGCGGAUCUGUAGAUCCUGUAUUCAAGAUACCUAGGGAGUUAGAUGUUGUGGUUGGCCCAAGUUGGCUGACAGACAAGAAGGGGUUUCUGCAGCUUACAUGCCCUGACCCAGUGAUUAACACUCCAGAUGGUCGCUGUACUAUCGGUUUCACAUUAGCCAAAAGAAAUGUUGUAAUAGCAACUUUACAUGGUGAUCUCAUCAAACCUGGGGAUGAGAGGAGAUAUGUCUUGCAAACCCUCCGAGGCAACAGAGUGGAGUUUAAAAUCCAUUUACCCCAACAGGGCCACUACGCCUUAAAAAUACACAGUUCUACUGGCCAAGGAAAGUUUGAGUGCUUUUGUAAUUACCUUAUAGUAUGUACAAAUCCGGAUGUGGCAUGGCCACCCUUCCCCAAACAGCUGCAAAAUCCAGUUGGGCCAACUGCCCUAAUGGAAAAGAAAGGUCUUCUGCAACCAUCUUGUCGUGAGCCUAUUAUUUAUUCUUCAAGUGGACAUUCAAGUAUUUCAUUUACUUUAAAAGAUAAUAUAAAAUUUCUUACAGCACUCCUAAGUGACAAUGAAUCUCUAAAUGAUUGUGGAGGGAAGCGCUAUGUGACACAAGUGCAAAGAGGACAACACUUAGAACUACAGGUCCGCCUACCUCAAACAGGAUCUUAUGUUCUUCAGAUAUUUGCUGACAGCAAAUCCUCUUCCACCAACUUUGAAUAUAUCUGUAAUUACUUGAUUUGCUGUUCCAGUAUAGAUUCCUCCAGCAUUGAAGCACCUCUUAUACCGCAGAUUCCAGUGGGUUCUAGCAAUACAACAGAUAAGAAAGGUUUCAUCCAGCCAUCACAGUUGGGGCAAGUGAUUAAUAGCCCAGAUGGACGUUGCUCUUUAAAUUUUUCACUGGACAAGGAUAUGAGCUGUUUAGCUACCUUACACUCAGAUGAUAACAAGUGGAAUAGCCAAAUGGAAAGAAGAUACAUUCUGCAAACUCAGAAACAGCGGCUGGUUGAGUUUUACAUCCAGCUCCCCAAAAGUGGUUCAUAUGAAUUAAGAGUCUAUGCAGAUAACAAAUUUCAGCCUGGAAAUUAUGAACUUGUAUGUAGUUAUCUCAUAUCAUGUUCAAACCUAAAGGUGGCAUGGCCACCAUUCCCUGACAUGCUGCAAAACCCUGUGGGGCCUACACCAUUAUCAGAGAAAAAAGGCCUUUUGAAACCAUCCCAAACAGAGCCAAUCAUCCACACAAAUGAUGGACGGUGCUCUCUAUCAUUCACACUCAAGAAAGAGAUGAGUAUUUUUGCCAGACUACAGUCGGAAGAUGUGCUAUUGACUGAAGAAGGUGAAAGGAGACAUGUCCUACAAGUCCAGAGACAGAACAGAGUGGAAUUUCACAUCCAGCUGCCACAAGCAGGAAUGUAUGUUCUGAAAAUUUACGCCGAGUCUGAGCAGGGCAGUUUUAAGUUUGCCUGUAAUUAUCUAAUUUCUUGUGUUAACACUCAAGUAAAAUGGCCUUUGCUGCCUCUCGAUUUAUGUAAUCCUGUUGGGCCCAGUUACCUCUCCGAUAAAAAAGGACUUCUUCGUCCAUCCCACCUGGACCCAACAAUUCAAACAGACGAUGGCCGCUGCUGUGUGAGUUUUGCUUUGGAUGAAAAGAUUGAAGUUGUUGCUACCCUCCACUCUGAUGACAUUGCAUCGGAGGAAGCAAGAAGAAGAUACAUUUUCCAAGUGGAGAAAGAAGGUCGGGUUGAGUUUGACAUCCAACUUCCUAAAGCCGGUAACUAUGUGCUGAAGGUCUGCACCAAGAAGAAGACAGACCUAAGCAAUGUUUACGACUAUACCUGCAAUUACCUCUUAUGUUGCUCCAAUACAAAAAUACGAUGGCCAUUUUUUCCAAUGAGAUACAGUGCUUGGAAUGUGAAUUAUGAACUGCUGGAGCCACGGACUGGUAUCCUGCCAACCAACAGUGAGGUACAGUUCAGAAUUAAGGCCAAAGGAUUGGCAGCAGUGGUCGUCAAAGGCAAGAACUUUUGGCCUCUGACGUUAGGUCGAGAUGGAUUUUGGGAAGGAGUGUGUAGCACAGCCGGAAGCAAGGACAUCCAAGUGCUAGUGACAAAUAAUCUGAACAAGAAUUAUGCUCUAGUGCUUAGUUAUCAGGUGAAGGGAGUAGUCCAUCAGCGUUUAAUAGACAGCUCAUAUUCCUCUUAGCUUUGCAAGUCAGAAACUCCCUUCCAAUGCUCCAGCUCCCUUACAAUAUGAAUCAUCUUAAUGAGAACACUUGUCAGAGGUGCUAAAACCAGAUACGGAUGAUCAGCUACAGUGAAAGCUUUUUCGUGUGUCAUAUUAAUGCACUCCAUCCUGAUUUCAGCUCCCAGUGAAAGCUAGAUUACUGGGAUUAUCUUAGAACGCUUUGUUUUUAGCAGCCCACAUUUUCCAGGUGCAAUCAACAGGAAUAUUUGAUAAGCAGAGGUUUAUCCUGAUGAGACUGUAUAUAUUAUCAUUUGUCUACCAUUAGUGCUUUGUGUGUGAAUGACUGGGUAAUAGUACCACAGAACGAAUGGUUGCAUCGCACCACUGUGAACUGCAAUGUGUAGUCAGCGCAAUGCAUCUUAAAACUGUAUAGGAACCGAAACAGUGUUUACCAUAACAUAUAUAGACUUGUGAUAUGGCUGGUUUUCAUGAAAGGUAUAAUACUUUGUCUUACCCUUAGCAUAGAGAACUCUAAUUUUUUACAGGCAGCUUACUGACCCCUCAUCUCUAUUACAUCCGUCUUUUAACUGAACUCAUGCUACCCCAACAGUGUCGCAGUGCCCAAGAGAUUUUUAAAGAACCAUUUAGUUCAACAAAAAUACAUAUACUGCAUCUAAAAUCAUUACUUACAGUUAGUAAUUACAAGUAUUUAAAGGGUAUUUUCACUAAAAUUUACAGCAUAGGUGACACAUGUAAGAUCAAUGGGAGUUCCACUGCUGGAACCCUCACUGAUCACUAGUAGUGAUGAGCAAAUCAAAGUAUUCGAAGUGGACUUUGAUCCGAAUUUCAGGGAAAAUUGGAUUCACGGCGAAGCUUCGUGAUAAUAAAUACAUUUUCUCAGAAGUAGCGGUAAAAAAAUAAAAUCAUACUCACACCUCAUCCAUUUGAGCACGAAGAGGCCGGCGCGGCCAUCUUUAUGGAAGAUCCUGUGUAAAAUCUUGUAUGAUGUCACCAUGCUGGCCAGCCUGAUGACGUCAUCAUGUGCAGUGCGGCGUCAUAGCGCUCUAAUGGAUAAGGUGAGUAUUAUUAUUUAUCACCGAUUAGGCCCUGAAAGCCCUAUUUUUUUCUCUCUCACAUGCUGCUAAUAGCAAUGAAUGCGGCAUCCAAGGGAUUCAAUGAAAGGGAGCAGCGCAAUCGCUGCUCCCGGUCAUUGCGCACGCUACUCAAAGUAAUUCGUCACAAAGCAAAUUUAUUUGUGGACUUCGGCGAAGCAGCCGAAUUGAAGCUUUUCAAACUUCACUCAUCUCUAAUCACUAGUACACAGAUCCAGAAUCCGCUUUUUCUCCGCAGUGAGGAGGCAUGUGAAUGGCACAGAUGAUCAUACACAGCCUCUCCAUUCAAAGUAUAUAGGACUGCAAGGCUAACUGCACAUAUGUGGCGGAGGUUCCGGUAGAAGCCUCCAUUGCAGGAUGAAAUGUUGCUGGGGUAUUUUGUCCAAUAUAAUGGCAGUAUUCACACCGGAAACAUAAAGGACCCCAUUAUAGGGAAUGGGAUCUGUUUGGCACCAGCAGCGUCCGGCAUAUACCAGAUCUGGUGUUUUGGU